UCUUCGCCAUGUCUCUCUGAUCCUCUCGCAUGAUCUCAGCCUCUGCCAAGCUUCGCCGCCGUCAAUCUCUUUCCUCUUCUCUAUCGUCUGUCAGAUCUCGUUAAGCCUGUCAAUGGCGGAUUUCUCUCCCCUGACGUAAACCCUUAUCUCGUUUUCCUGAAUCAUCGCCAUGGGAGCUAACGAGUUUCGUUUUUUCUUGUCGUGCGAUAUCAAUUCACCGGUCACCUUUCGCGUCGAGAAACUGGAUGGAGCUCUUUUGGAUAAGCAACCGACUGAUCCGGUAGGUGCAGAGGACAACAAACCAGAGCUGUAUGUUGAAUGUGCAUUAUAUAUCGAUGGCGCUCCUUUCGGCCUUCCCAUGAGAACAAGAUUGAAAACUACAGGACCACCAUAUUGCUGGAAUGAACUCAUCUCUCUCAGUGCGAAAUAUCGGGACUUGACUACCCAUUCACAACUUGCUAUAACAGUUUGGGAUGUUUCUCGUGGGAAAGCCGAGGGACUAAUCGGUGGGGCAACAGUUCUUCUCUUUAACAGCAAAAUGCAACUGAAAACCGGAAAGCAAAAGCUUAGGCUUUGGCAUGGGAAAGAGGCAGAUGGCUCAUUUCCUACCUCUACCCCUGGAAAGGUUCCAAGGCAUGAGCGUGGGGAGCUAGAACGUUUGGAAAAACUCAUGAAUAAGUAUGAGAGAGGGCAGAUCCAACACAUUGAAUGGCUGGACCGACUUAUGCUGAAGGCGGUGGAUAGGAUCAAGGAUCAAGACAGCUCUAAAACUGGCGGUUCAUAUCAGUACUUGGUCGUUGAUUUCUACAGUUUUGAACAUCGAGUUGUAUUUCAGGAGUCUGGAGCCAAUUUCUUCAUAACUACCCCAAUAGGUUCAACAAAUGAACUAGUUUCUGUUUGGGACCCAGAACUGGGAAAGAUAAAUCCCUCAGAGCACAAGCAACUAAAACUGGCAAGAAGCUUGGAUCGUGGCAUUAUUGACAGGGAUCUCAAGCCAAGUGCUAAUGAACGGAGGUCAAUCCAAAGAAUUCUGAAAUACCCGCCAACAAGAGCAUUGAGUGGAGAUGAAAGGCAACUCCUGUGGAAGUUCCGUUUCUCACUAAUGUCUGAAAAGAGGGCUCUCACAAAGUUCCUUCGGUGUGUGGAAUGGGGUGAUGUUCAGGAAGCAAAGCAAGCAGUUGACCUAAUGAGCAAAUGGGAAAUGAUAGAUGUCAGUGAUGCCCUGGAGCUAUUAUCUCCUCUAUUUGAAAGUGAAGAGGUUCGAGCUUAUGCUGUGAGUGUCCUUGAGAGGGCUGAUGAUGAAGAACUCCAGUGUUAUUUGCUUCAACUGGUUCAGGCUCUUCGUUUUGAACGCUCUGAUAGAUCUCGCCUUUCUCAGUUUCUUGUCCAACGGUCUUUACGGAAUAUUGAGCUGGCCAGCUUUCUCCGUUGGUAUGUUGCUGUGGAGCUGCAUGAUCAUGUCUAUGCAAAGCGAUUUUACAGCACAUAUGAGUUUCUCGAGGAGAAAAUGAUCAAGUUGCGGCCUGGUGUGAAUGGAGAAGAUGGAUAUAAAUUGUGGCAAAGUUUGGUACGACAGACAGAAUUGACUGCUCAGUUGUGUUCCAUUACACGGGAUGUGAGGAAUGUACGGGGAAAUACCCAGAAAAAAAUCGAGAAGCUUAGGCAGCUUCUAUCUGGAUUACUUAGCGAACUCACCUACUUUGAAGAGCCUAUUCGAUCACCACUUACUCCAAGUGUUCUUAUAACUGGGAUUGUGGCAUCAGAAUCAACGAUCUUUAAAAGUGCUUUGCACCCUUUACGCCUCACGUUUCGUACAGAAAAUGGUGGAAGUUGCAAGGUUAUAUUUAAGAAGGGGGAUGAUAUCAGGCAAGACCAACUGGUUGUCCAAAUGGUCUGGCUCAUGGAUAGACUACUUAAGCUGGAAAAUCUCGAUCUUUGCCUAACUCCAUACAAAGUAUUAGCAACAGGGCACGAUGAAGGAAUGUUGGAAUUCAUACCAUCCCGAUCUCUGGCUCAAAUUCUCUCGGAGCACCGGAGUAUAACGAGUUAUCUGCAGAAAUUUCAUCCUGAUGAGCAUGGCCCUUUCGGUAUAACAGCCACCUGUCUUGAGACAUUUAUAAAAAGCUGUGCUGGCUAUUCUGUUAUCACAUAUAUACUGGGGAUUGGAGACAGACACCUGGACAACCUCCUCCUCACUGACGAUGGCCGCCUUUUCCACGUGGAUUUUGCGUUUAUUCUUGGACGAGAUCCUAAACCAUUCCCUCCCCCGAUGAAACUGUGCAAAGAAAUGGUAGAAGCCAUGGGUGGAGCAGAAAGCCAAUACUACACGAGGUUUAAAUCCUAUUGUUGUGAAGCAUACAACAUCCUUCGGAAAUCGAGCAAUCUUAUUCUGAAUCUGUUUCAUCUGAUGGCGGGUUCGACUAUUCCUGAUAUAGCUUCAGACCCGGAAAAGGGCAUUCUCAAACUCCAAGAGAAGUUUCGGCUAGAUUUAGAAGACGAAGCGUGCAUACAUUUCUUCCAAGAUCUGAUCAACGAGAGUGUUAGUGCAUUGUUCCCACAAAUGGUUGAAACCAUCCAUAGAUGGGCUCAGUAUUGGCGUUGAAACCUUUGUGGAUUCAACCAAGAACCCUAACAAAUCCACGUAAGCAAUAUAUAUAUAUAUAUAUAUAUAGUUCUAACAUUUAGCAUACGACCAAAUUCGUAAAUAGUGUCCUGUACGUUCUCGCGUCUUGAUUCAUGUAUUAUGGUCAAAGAAGUAAAACAAGGUUUGCCAGAUGUACAGAUCAGUGGACAGAAUCUCCACCUUCAGAAUGUAAAUUUGGCAUCAAAAUUUCGAUUUCUUAAUUCCUCCA